GAUGACGUUUUGAAACCAAAAACGGGGGGAAGAAAGCAGAGCGCAUGCACAUCUAGGGUUGUCAUCAUUGAAUGACCCUUCCUUUAAUUGACCUGAUUUCUAAGCCUUCUCGAUCUAAUCGAUCGGUCUUCAUUCCACUGCUCUUCCACUCCAAGUCUGCUUUGAUUCUUCAGUUUCCACCCUCAUCUCUCAUGUGGCCGCCAUGGUUGAGAUCGCCAAGCAGGUCCCGAAACACACCACCGCCUUCUCCCGCCCGAUCCGCUGCCCGUUCACUCAGCUUCUCCUGCUCUUCCUUUAAAGACAUUCAAAGCCUCAGCCAGGAGCAGCCCGAAGCCGAACUCGCUGCCCCGAGAUCCCCCUCUCUCUUCCGCAGGGUCCGGAUCUCAACUGCCGUUCUCCGCGCGUGGGGCAGUGGCCGCAGCAGCGUGCUAUCCAAUUCCAUCGCCUUGCCUGGCUCCGACCAGCGCAUCGUCGUCUACUUUACCAGCCUGCGCGUGGUGCGCAGGACCUUCGAGGACUGCAGAGCCGUCCGAUCAAUCCUCCGCGGCUUCCGCGUCUCGAUUGACGAACGAGAUGUAUCCAUGGACGAUCGAUUCCUGGACGAGCUCCACGGGAUCCUCGGCCGUAAGAACGUGACCCUGCCGAGAGUGUUCAUCGGAGGGACAUACAUUGGCGGGGCUGACGACGUCAAGCAGCUGCACGAGAGCGGCGAAUUGAGGAGAUUGAUCGAACAGCUGCCAAGGUCGGAUCCAAACGCGUGUGAUCUCUGUGGAGGGAUGAGGUUUCUUGUGUGCGACGAGUGUAACGGGAGCCACAAGGUAUACGCGGAGAAGAGCGGAUUCAGUAGCUGUACAUCUUGCAACGUGAACGGUCUGAUCAGGUGCCCAUCUUGUUCUUCCAUGCUCCCGCGUUACACCAAAUAAUAGCCACCCCAAAUCUCGCAGCCCCAAAGGGGACGGGGAACUUAGCAAUUAGCAUUAGCAUUUUGUUCAUAACUUAAUUGUUGCUGGUCUAGAAAUUUGUCCACUUGCAAUGGGUCCUCAUGUGUAAAACAGCGGGUUUAUUAUGUAUGUAGUAGGAGCCGGCUUAAUUUGGUUGGCUUGGCUAAUCAGACUUCAAUCUUAAUUGCUUCACAUGGACUCCUCCAUAUAUGCUCAGCCUAUAGCGCUCAAAAAAAUCGUAGCGUGAUGUUUCGUAAGUGCGUCACAAACUCUAUGUCAA